GACUCUGCUUCCUCCCCCCGGCUGUGAUGUCACCGGCUCAGUGGAGCUCGAGCAUCCUCACCAAAGACACCGAGACAACAGAGCCAUUUUGACCGCUCCGCUUCCCAAAAGCAGCGGUCGAGAGUGGCCCCCUUCCUUCCCUCCGCGGUCCUCCAGAGAGGUCCAGUUAGGGCGGACAGGGCCAGUCGGGGCGGAGGAGGGUGUUCUGGUCGCGCUGACGUCCUCCUCCCGGUCCCGUUUUCAUGAGGAGGAGAGGCUGGUGACAGACCUGGAGGCGAGCGGCGGAAGUGGAGGUAUCCUAUCCCCGGGCGGUGGAUGUGAAACACACAGGCACGACGAACACGGUCUGUUCCCAGGAGCUGCUUGGAGAGACCUGCAGGCCCCACGUCUGGGUUCCAGAGAAGGCCCCCCGAGGUGCUGAGAAGACAUCGCCAUGGCAGGGGCCUCGGUGAAGGUGGCGGUGCGGGUCCGCCCCUUCAACUCAAGAGAGACGGAGAAAGAAAGCAAAUGCAUCAUCCAAAUGUCUGGAAACACCACCACCAUCAUCAACCCCAAGCAGGCAAAAGACAACAAGAGCUUCAACUUUGAUUACUCCUACUGGUCGCACACAUCGCCGGAGGAUAUCAAUUAUGCCUCCCAGAUGCGCGUGUACAAAGACAUUGGAGAGGAAAUGUUGCUUCAUGCCUUUGAAGGAUACAACGUCUGCAUCUUUGCAUAUGGUCAGACCGGCGCGGGCAAAUCCUACACAAUGAUGGGAAAACAGGAUGUCAAGGAUCAGCAAGGAAUCAUCCCACUGCUUUGUGAAGAUCUUUUUACAAAGAUCAGUGAUAAUACAGACAACAGCCUGUCCUACUCUGUGGAGGUCAGCUACAUGGAAAUCUACUGUGAACGAGUGAGGGACUUGCUGAACCCUAAGAACAAAGGGAACCUUCGCGUCAGAGAACAUCCUCUGAUGGGGCCGUACGUUGAGGACCUGUCCAAACUGGCUGUCACUUCUUACAACGACAUCCAGGACCUGAUGGACUCUGGCAACAAAGCCAGGACUGUGGCUGCCACCAACAUGAAUGAGACCAGCAGUCGCUCUCACGCAGUUUUUAACAUCAUAUUUACUCAGAAACGCUUUGAUGCGGAGACCGACAACACCUCUGAAAAGGUUAGUAAAAUAAGCUUGGUGGAUCUGGCUGGCAGCGAGAGAGCGGACUCUACAGGAGCCAAAGGAACCCGGCUUAAGGAAGGAGCAAAUAUCAACAAGUCUUUAACCACACUGGGGAAAGUUAUUUCUGCUUUGGCAGAAGUGGAUUCUGGACAGAACAAGAAUAAAAAGAAGAAGAAAGUGGAAAGCUUCAUUCCAUAUAGAGAUUCAGUUUUAACCUGGCUGCUGAGAGAGAACUUGGGGGGAAAUUCUCGAACGGCGAUGGUUGCCGCUCUGAGUCCAGCUGACAUCAACUACGAUGAAACCCUCAGCACCCUCAGGUAUGCUGACCGUGCCAAACAGAUUCGCUGCAACGCUGUCAUCAAUGAGGAUCCAAACAACCGAUUGGUGCGUGAGCUGAAAGAGGAAGUGUCCCGUCUGAAAGACCUCCUGUAUGCCCAGGGACUGGGUGACAUCAUUGAGACCUAUCGAGCAACUGGUGCUGACAUAGAGGGUUUAAAACACAUGUCCGAUUACACGAACAAUAACGAUGUAGGCCAAGCUGUGAAUCAAAGGGAUGAUCUUUUCACAGUGACCAAUGCCAUGACAGGGAUGAGCCCAUCGCCAUCCCUCUCAGCCUUGUCCAGCCGCGCCGCCUCUAUUGCCAGUCUGCAUGACCGCAUUAUGUUCAGCCCAGGCAGCGAGGAAGCCAUCGAGCGGCUGAAGGAAACUGAGAAAAUAAUUGCUGAACUAAACGAGACCUGGGAAGAAAAGCUCCGCCGGACAGAAGCCAUUAGAAUGGAAAGAGAGGCCCUGCUGGCAGAAAUGGGUGUGGCGAUACGAGAAGAUGGCGGCACCGUUGGUGUGUUCUCUCCUAAAAAGACGCCUCAUUUGGUGAACCUCAAUGAGGAUCCUCUGAUGUCUGAGUGUCUGCUGUACUAUAUUAAAGAGGGAAUCACCAGGGUGGGCCGUUUGGACGCCAGCAGCCGUCAAGACAUCGUCCUCAGCGGCCAUUUUAUCCAGGACGAGCACUGCACCUUUACGAGAUGCACUGGUCCAUCAGGAGAGACAGUCGUCCUGGAGCCCUGCGAAGGAGCCGAGACUUACGUCAAUGGGAAGAGAGUGACAGAAGCAACAGUACUGAAGUCAGGAAAUCGCAUCAUCCUGGGGAAAAGCCACGUGUUCCGGUUCAACCACCCUGAGCAGGCCAGAGCUGAAAGGGAGCGGACCCCCUGCGCCGAGACCCCUGCUGAGCCUGUUGACUGGGCUUUUGCCCAGAGAGAGCUGUUGGAGAAACAGGGCAUUGACAUGAAACAAGAAAUGGAACAGAGGCUUCAGGAGUUGGAGGAUCAGUACCGCAAAGAAAGGGAAGAAGCCAACAAUCUUCUAGAGCAGCAAAGACUGGAUUAUGAGAGCAAGCUUGAGGCUUUACAGAAGCAGGUGGACCGUUAUUACCCAGAAGCCCCUGAAGAAGAGGAGGAACCAGAAGAGGAAGUUCAGUGGACGGAGAAGGAGAGAGAGUUGGCUGUGUGGGGCUUCAGGAAGUGGAGAUGCUACCAGUUCACCUCACUUCGUGACCUGCUGUGGGGAAAUGCCAUCUUUCUUAAAGAAGCCAAUGCCAUCAGUGUAGAACUCAAAAAGAAGGUCCAGUUCCAGUUUGUGUUGCUCACAGACACUCUCUACUCCCCACUUCCUCCUGACCUGUUGCCCCCAGAGGCGACUCAAGACAGAGAAAGUAGACAUUUUCCUCGCACUAUUGUGGCUGUGGAAGUGCAAGAUCAGAAGAAUGGAGCAACUCACUUCUGGACGUUAGAAAAAUUAAGGCAAAGGCUUGACCUCAUGCGAGAGAUGUACGACCGAGCUGCCGAUGUGCCCAAUAACACCACAGAGGAGAGUGAAAGUGUCAUGACAGGAGGAGACCCUUUUUACGAUCGCUUCCCAUGGUUCCGCCUGGUUGGCAGAAAUCCUAUUUUCAACACAUGCAUGAGCGAGCGCAUGAGUGAUCCCACCCCAUCCCCGACCCUUUCCACCUCUGAAAUUACUGAGCUGGCUGACUCGCAGAGGGAGGGUCGAGGGGAGGAGGAGUUGGAGGAGUUGGACGACCUGGAUGAUGAUAUCUUUUUGGACGACCCGUGCUCCGAGCUCGGGCCAGAGGAUGAUGAUGAUGAUGAUGAUGAUGAUGUUGGAGGGCUCUGCCGAGGCUCCAGCGAAGGCCUGGACCCCUUUUACGACCGCUCUCCAUUAUUCAGUGUAGUGGGAAGGGCUUUCGUCUAUCUGAGCAACCUGGUGUACCCGGUUUCUCUGGUGCACCGCGUGGCCAUCGUCAGCGAGAAAGGAGAGGUGAAGGGCUUCCUGCGCGUGGGUGUUCAGGCCAUAUCAGCCGACGAGGAAGCUCCCGACUACGGCUCCGGCGUGAGACAGUCGGGCACAGCCAAAAUCUCUUUUGAGGAUCAGCAGUAUGAGAAGUUCCAGUCGGAGUCGUGCUCUGUCGGAGUUGGACUGAGCCGCACAGGGGUUUCUCAGGAAGAGCUUCGGAUCGUGGAGGGGCAAGGCCAAAAUGUUGAAACGAGCCCGUCAGCAGAUGAGGUCAACAACAACACAUGUGCGGCUGGUGCAGACGAGUUGGAGAAUCCAGCGAAGGCGGGUCUGGAUGCAACUUCAGAUGCGACUUUGGAGCACCUGAAAAUCGGAAACAUUUUUACCUUCAGGGUGACUGUCCUGCAGGCCUCCAGCAUUUCUGCUGAAUAUGCCGACAUCUUCUGUCAGUUUAAUUUCAUCCAUCGGCAUGACGAGGCUUUCUCUACGGAGCCGCUGAAAAACACAGGCCACGGGCCUCCUCUUGGCUUCUAUCACGUGCAGAAUAUUGCUGUUGAAGUGACCAAGUCCUUUGUGGACUACAUAAAGACUCAACCGAUCGUCUUUGAAGUGUUUGGACACUACCAGAAACAACCUUUUCUUCCUCUGUGUAAAGAUGUCAUCAGUCCGCUUCACGCAUGCAGAAGGCAAUUUCCACAAGUGAUGCCUCUUUCCAAACCAGUGCCUGCCACCAAGCUGAAGGCGAUGACGCGUCCCCAGGCGGGCCCCCGCCACUGUAAAUACGAUCUGAUGGUGUUCUUUGAGAUCUGCGAGCUUGAGGCCAACGGAGAUUACAUUCCUGCAGUCGUAGACCACAGAGGAGGCUUGCCAUGCCAGGGUACAUUCCUACUGCACCAGGGUCUCCAGAGGAGAAUAGCCGUCACCAUUGUGCACGAGUCUGCUGGAGACAUAGAGUGGAACGAUGUCCGAGAGUUAGUCGUGGGGCGUUUACGCAACACUCUGGAAGCUGACGAGACCGCCAUCGACCCAAACAUACUCUCACUUAACAUCUUAUCUGCUGGUUAUGUCAAGCCCCUGCAAGAUGACAGACAGUUUCUUGAUUCGGACAUGCCUAGCAUUUCCCUGGGAAUUGACCAUAGGACUUUUUACCGCUUCGAGGCUGCUUGGGACAGCUCAAUGCACAACUCCCUGCUCCUGAACCGAGUCACGCCGUACGGAGAGAAGAUCUACAUGACCCUCUCGGCCUAUUUGGAGAUGGAGAACUGCACGCAGCCUGCAUACAUAACCAAAGAUAUCUGCAUGGUGUUUUACUCCCGGGACACUAAGCUCUCGGCCUCUCGUUCAAUCCGCAACCUUUUCGGUACGGGGAGCCUGAGAGCAGCGGAUGGAAACCGAGUAACUGGAGUUUACGAGGUCAGCUUGUGUCAUCUUGCAGAUGCUGGAAGUCCAGGCAUGCAGAGGAGACGCAGGCGAGUGCUGGACACCUCUGUGGCCUACGUCCGUGGAGAGGAGAACCUGGCUGGGUGGAGGCCACGCAGUGACAGCCUCAUCCUGGAGCACCAGUGGGAGCUGGAGAAACUCAGUCUCCUCCAAGAUGUGGAGAAAACCAAACAUUUCCUCCUGCUGAGGGAGAAACUGGAGUCCACCAUGCUGACGGGCCAGGAGUCCCUUCAGUCCUGCGUCCCCGAGGAGACCAGUGAGUCCACUGCGGUGGCCGAGGCAGACCCAGCUUCCAGCUCUGAGAUAACCACCGACAGGCAGAGGGAGCUCGCUGCCAAGUGUUUGCGGCUGCUCACUCACUCCUUCAACAGAGAAUACAGCCAUGUGUGUGUCAGCGCCAGUGAAAGCAAGAUCUCUGAGAUGUCUGUCACAUUGCCGAGAGACGCCUCCUCCAUAUCUCCUCUCAACACAAUCACACCCUCCUCAACAUGCCCUUCUCUGGUGGAGGGUUGCUAUCACAACACUGAGCUCAAACCUCCUCCGCCUCUGUCCCGUGCGGUCAGCCCCAGUCCUGAACCGCAGCAGGACGGAGCGGACAAAAAGUCCAUGAAUGUAGGUUCUGAUGUGAAACCUCGGACUCGAAAACUUAUCCCUGACAUACAGGAGAUCAGAGUCAGCCCAAUCGUAUCGAAGAAGGGCUACAUCCACUUCCUGGAGCCGCACACCAACGGAUGGGUGAAGCGCUACGUGGUUGUGCGGCGGCCGUACGUUUACAUCUACAACUCUGAGCGAGACACGGUGGAGAGGGCCAUUCUGAACCUGUCCUCCGCCCAGGUGGAGUACAGUGAGGACCAGCAGGCCAUGCUGAAGACUCCAAAUACGUUUGCAGUGUGUACAGAACAUCGUGGAAUAUUGCUUCAAGCCACUAAUGACAAAGAAAUGCAUGACUGGCUCUAUGCGUUCAACCCUCUUCUUGCUGGAACUAUCAGGUCAAAGCUGUCGAGAAGACGAGCCGGACAGAUGAGGAUUUGAGGAAAAAAAAGAUACAUGCAAAGACUACAAUGUACAUACUUCCCUGUUCUCCUCAUUCCCAUCAUGCUGAGCCUGGUUCAGCGGCAGCCAUCUUCCCCCCUGCUCAGUCUCCGUUCCGUUGUUCGUGUCCUCGCCGUCUGGUUUUUCCCGUCGGGCCUUAGCAACGCGCAAAGAAACUCCUGGAAGAAUCAGUCGUCGCACUGUACUGGCAUUAUUUCACAGCUUGAGAACGGAGGAGGCAGCGGUUUCUCACGCCAGACUCCAUUUGUACGAUAAGCGUGCUGUAGUUGUUGUCAGUGACACAUCAAGCCUUUCUCAUUUAUUACUUAAAGUAACGCAAACAACACAGGGACAUGUAUUCUUUAAUAAUGCCACCUCUGCACUACUAGCCAAGCUCUCAUCGCUACAUUUGCAUCGGUAAAAUAGGAAAACAUGGAGGUUCCUCUCUGCUCUACUUUACUGCUAAACAUAAAGUUUCAACUGGUUUAACCUUGACAGUCAGAAAAAUAAAAGCUGAAAUGAAACUAAUUGAAAAAAAUAGACCCUCAAACUUCUUCAACAUCAAACUUAAGCACACACAGUGGGGCAACAACAUGGCACCUCCUCAAACUGCAGCCUGUGAAUCCAUAACAUUUAGGGUAUGAGGGUAUUUUACAUCCACAUGACAGACUCAAACAUCUCCACCUUCUUUUCCUCCCAGUAUGGUUUCUUUCUCUCUGACUUGUGUUUGAAAAGUGAUAUAUUUAGAUUUCUAACAGCCUAAUUAUUUAUUUCCGCAUGUAUUUAUUUACAAAGACGUUUAUAUUUCUAAAGUAGUACUCAGUGCAAUUUCUGCACAUGGCACUUUUUAAUGAGUUCCUGAACCAUUUGAAUAAUAAAAGCCUCAUCCCUACGGUUUCUCUUUUAAAAUAAUCUAGUAACGCGCUCGGUUUCUUUGUGCUGAAGAAAACUUGAAAAAUACAACAACCCUGAACGAUUAGGAUAGCUUAACCUUUGACCCAACUGAUGACCCAUGUAACGUUUUUGAUAUUAAGUCGGUCUUGUCGUCCCUCCUAAAAUGGGAAAACGGUGGAUCCUCACAGCACAUAUGAAACUGGCUUUCUGAAUGAUGUGUAUAUUAAGUGUAGUGCCUCUUUUUUAACAUUCUGCACAGUUUGCCUCUGCACCAAUUUCUUUAACCUCACCUCCUUCGCGCUGCUGUAAUCAUGUUCGGGAAACGUCUGCACGUCACAUAAUCACUUUGUUUUCUUUCGUCGUCUUAUUAUAUGCAUUUGAGACAAAAUGUUCAAAUAUUUGGAAGAGAUUCAGCAUAUCUCAGGAUUGCCAGCUUGCAUAGGGCUCUACUUCUUAAUGCGACAUGCAAAAUGUUUCAAAUGCAACUCACCUGUAGCUUUAAUUGCUUCGUUUCUACUCGGGUUUUAUUCCUUUGUGGUAUAUUUUAGCUGAGGUUUAACGUGUCCCAACGCCACUCAGGUCGUGAGGUGUUCGGUGACUCUGGUGGAUUCGCAUGCCUCAGGUCAGCCAGCCUACGGAGCAUGCUCAGUUUGUCAACUGACUGCAGGGACGACAUCUAAAAGCAGAGAACAGUUGCAACCAGCCUAACGACAUGGCAUUUUAGGAGCGAUUAGACAACUGCAAACAUGGCAUCUUUUGUUUGUGUGUUUUCUAUAGAUGUGAUUCAUCCAAUACCUGACAUGUUAACAGUCUUGUGUGGUGUGGAAAUAUUUUGGCUCAUUCGGUUGACUGAUCUUCUCACCUGCACAACUGUUGGUAGUCGUAAUAAAUCAGCAAUUAGCUUGAAUUGGCGUUCAAAUCUCACGGCUCACCUUCUGAACAGAAUCAUUGUGCUUUUUAUCCACCUUUGUCCUGGGGUGAACGCUCUCCUGUUUGUACUUUACUCAGAACUCUGCAUUGCGUUGUUUUAUUUCAAAGCCCUAACAGUCAACCUGUACGUAAUUGUUUGAUUGAUUUUGAUCUUACUGACUUUUUUUUUUUAAAGCAACCAAAGUUUUGUUGGUGCACUCACUUAAAAGUUCACUCUGAAUGUAUAAUAAUAAUAAUGGUAUAUAGGAAUUCUUCUGCUUCAAUGUUUUUCUGAACCUUCUGCUUUGGGGUUCCUCACUGAUUGUAAGGCGGUCAUCAUCGGGGAUGUAUGCAGAGACUCUGAGACCCGCCAUGUAAUAAUCUGUCUGCUUAUGUGUGGGACGAUUAUGGUUCACUGUGGCCUAGUUAAACUUUUAUGUCUUGUAGAAAGUAAUGCUCUUGGUUGCUUUGCCGUCACCCUCUUUCUAGUAUCGGAAUCAAUCCUCAUCCUUCACACACAAUCACCAACCUCUCUUUUCCAGCCCUUCCCUCGUGAAGUAAUCUCACAUUCUUGUGCUUCCACGUCUAUUUUUUUUUUUUUUUGCACCAAUACAUUCCAUUGUUCUUCAAAGAUUUUUGCAUUGUAUAUAAACAUGAUUGCCGUGGACUGUGUAUCAUAUGGUUGCACUCAUUAAACUCCUAAAUGGGCAGUAGUUCAGUCAGUGUCUGAGUGUUUGUUUGAGUUUCCUGUCAGAUGUUUGUGUACACUGAACACAUUGUCAUAUAUUAAAUAAAUCUGGAAGUGAUGCAACACUAA